AUGAUGGAUACAUUAUAUGGAUAGCUAAAAUUCACUGAUGUGUCAAAAGAGAAUGGAAAUAUGUUCUGUUUGAUUAUCGGAGGAUCUCUGGGGUAUCGUUCUGAUAUUUGAUGUAGAAAUGCGGAGACCAUAUUUUUUCUGUCAAGUGGUCUCUCUUUGAUGGCUUGUUUAUUGUCGGCAGCCAUUAUUAAUAAACAAUGUAGAGAAAAUGUAAUGAAAUCUCAUUAACAUUAGAGAAAUAUAUGCAAAUAGUUCUGGUUAUGAUUAAGUUGGUCUGAAUGGAUUAGAAAUGACCUCCUCCAAUGUCACAGCAGAGAUUCAAGAAAAGGAAUUUUUCAAAAUAAUUAGAAAACUUACAGAUGAAAGAGAAUCAGUUCAGAAGAAGACAUUUCAAAAAUGGGUGAAUUCCCAUCUGAUUCGCAUGAGCUGUCGUAUCCAGGACCUCUACAUAGACCUCAGAGAUGGCAAGAUGCUCAUGAAAUUGUUGGAAAUUCUGUCUGGGGAAAGACUGCCUCGUCCUACUAAAGGGAAAAUGAGGAUCCACUGUCUCGAGAAUGUGGACAAGGCAUUACAGUUUCUCCAUGAACAGAAGGUGCACCUGGAAAACAUGGGUGCUCAUGACAUUGUGGACGGUAGCCCUCGUCUGACACUAGGGUUGAUCUGGACCAUCAUCCUUAGAUUCCAGAUCCAAGACAUUACAGUGGAAGAAACUGACAACAGUGAGACCAAAUCAGCUAAAGAUGCUCUGUUACUGUGGUGCCAGAUGAAGACUGCGGGAUACCCUAAUGUCAAUGUUCGUAAUUUCACAACAAGCUGGAGGGAUGGCCUAGCUUUCAAUGCUCUCAUACACAAACACAGACCUGACUUGAUCCAGUAUGACAAGCUACAGAAAUCCAAUGCCCUGUAUAAUCUUAACAAUGCUUUUGAAGUGGCCGAGGAGAAGCUGGGUCUUACCCGACUCCUGGAUCCAGAGGAUUGUAAUGUUGAAUUCCCUGAUGAGAAGUCCAUCAUCACCUAUGUCGUCACAUACUAUCAUUACUUCUCUAAGAUGAAGGCCGAAUCUGUCCAGGGCAAGAGGAUUGGAAAGGUUAUUGACCAUGCCCUGGACACAGAUAAACAAGUACAGGACUAUGAAACCUUCACCUCUGACCUGUUGGAAUGGAUUGAACAGACCAUUGUGAUCCUAAAUGACCGACAGUUUGCUAAUUCCCUGUAUGGUGUACAACAGCAAUUAGCAGCCUUCAACACUUACAGAACCAAGGAAAAACCCAAAAAGUUUGAUGAAAAGGGAAACCUUGAAGUUUUGCUAUUUACACUGCAAAGUAAGAUGCGAGCAAACAACCAAAGGCCGUACCUACCCAAGGAGGGAAAACUGAUCUCUGACAUCAAUAAAGCUUGGGACAGAUUGGAAAAGGCUGAACAUGAGAGAGAAUUAGCUCUCAGGGAGGAACUUAUAAGACAAGAGAAAUUGGAUCAGUUGGCUGCUAGAUUUGACAGAAAGGCUGGCAUGAGAGAGACCUGGCUGAGUGAGAACCAAAGACUGGUCUCCCAGGACAACUUUGGUAAUGAUCUGGCUGCUGUCGAGGCCGCAACCAAAAAACAUGAGGCCAUAGAAACAGAUAUCAAUGCCUACGAAGAACGAGUACAGGCCGUGGUGUCUGUAUGUUUUGAAUUGGAUCAGGAAAGAUACCAUGACAUUGAAAGAAUUAAUGCAAGGAAGGACAAUGUUCUGAGGUUGUGGAACUAUUUACUGGAACUGUUGAGAGCCAGACGAAUGAGAUUGGAGAUGUCUCUCAGUCUGCAGAAAAUCUUCCAAGAAAUGUUAUACAUCUUGGAUUGGAUGGAGGAGAUUAAGGCCCGUCUGAUGUCUGAAGACUAUGGUAAACACUUGAUGAGUGUGGAAGACUUGCUACAAAAGCAUAGUCUCCUAGAGGCUGACAUCCAUGUACUGGGAGAACGUGUCAAGACUGUCAAUAUGUCAGCCAUGAAGUUUGUGGAUGGUGAUGCUGUUGAAGCUGGAGGCUACCAUCCUGCGGAGCCCGCUGUAGUGCGUGAGCGUAUGAAGACUUUGGAGGACGCCUAUGAGGAGCUGGUUCGUCUGGCUGCUGAAAGGAGGGACAGGCUGGAGGACUCACGUAAACUGUGGCAGUUCUACUGGGAUAUGGCAGACGAGGAGGGUUGGAUCAAGGAGAAGGAACAGCUGAUGUCCUCACCAGACCUGGGACGAGAUCUUACCAGUGUCCAUCUACUGCUCAACAAACAAAAGCAAAUGGAGGAUGAGAUGACGGCUCGCCACACUCACCUGCAAUCAGUGCUACAAGUGGGAUACGACCUCAUUACCGCUGGGAACUUUGGAGCUGAGAAGAUCCAAGAGAGGAUAGAUGAGAUCAACCAGAAAUGGGAGAGUCUCAUUGACCUGGCUGCCUUCAGGAAGAAGAGGCUGAACGAGGCUGUGGACUACUAUCAGUUCUUUGCUGAUGCUGAUGACGUGGAUGCCUGGAUGUUCGAUAUCUUCCGUAUUGUGUCCAGUGAAGACGUCGGCAAAGAUGAGGCCAGUGUACAGUCGCUGCUGAAAAAACACAAGGAGGUGACAGAUGAACUGAAGAACUAUGAAAGUACUUUAGCUGCACUUCAUGAACAAGCUGCCAACCUUGGAGAACAGGACAGAGAAUCCCCUGACAUACAGAACAGGCUGGGAAGCAUUGAUCGCCGUUACCAGGAAUUACUGGAGCUGGCUAAACUUCGCAAACAGAGACUCCUUGAUGCUUUGUCUCUUUACAAACUCUUCAAUGAAGCUGAUGGUGUUGAAACAUGGAUAGAGGAGAAGGAGAAAUUCUUGACCACCAUGAUCAUCACUGAUGACAUUGAGGAGAUAGCCAUCAUGAAGCAUCGCUUUGACAGUUUUGAACAUGAGAUGAAUGCCACUGCCUCUAAGGUGGCUGUCGUGAACCAGUUGGCUCGUCAGUUACUACAGAUAGAACAUCCAGGAGCUGCAGAGGUUAUCAGCCGACAGAACCAACUAAAUGGAGGCUGGAAUAACUUGCGAGACCUGGUUGAUCAAAAGAAAGAAGAGAUCAACCUUUCUCAUGGUCUUCAAAACUUCCACAUUGAGUGUAAUGAAACUAUUAGCUGGAUCCAUGAGAAGGCUAAGGUUAUUGAGUCCACUGAUGAGCUGGGUAAUGACCUGGCUGGUGUCAUGACAUUACAGAGAAGACUGAGUGGCAUGGAGAGAGAUCUGGCUGCCAUUCAGGCCAAGCUUGAACAGUUACAAGGAGAGGCUGAGAAAUUACAAGAAGACAAGCCUGAUGAGGCACAGGUUAUCAGAGAGAAGGUUGCUGAGAUCAACAAUGUCUGGAUGGAUCUCAAAGACAUGCUCAGAGAGAGAGAUGAGAAACUUGGAGAAGCUGGUGAGUUGCAGCGUUUCCUUGGAAACUUGGACCACUUCCAGCAAUGGCUGUCUCGCACUCAGACUACAGUAGCAUCAGAAGACAUCCCCAACAGUCUGGCUGAUGCGGAGAAACUCCUGAACCAGCACCAGCAGCUGAAGGACGAGAUCGAGGCCUACUCCCCGGAGCAUGCCAAGAUGAAGGAGUUUGGAGAGAAGGUCACAGAGGGACAAGAGGAUCCACAGUACAUGUUCUUGCGCCAGAGGCUGCAAGCUUUAGACAGUGGAUGGGAGGAAUUACUUCAGAUGUGGGAAAACAGACAGCAGUUACUGUCACAGAGUCUAAACCUACAGAUGUAUUUACGGGAUGCAAAACAAGCAGAAGUUUUGCUUAACCAACAAGAAAACUUUUUAUCAAAGGAGGAAGUUCCAAAUACAUUGGAAGCAGCAGAGAAUUUGAUCAAAGCUCAUGAGGCAUUCAUCACCACGAUGGAUGCUAAUGAUGAGAAGAUCAACGCAGUUCUACAGUUUGCCAACCGUCUCAUAGAGGACCAACAUUAUGCUGCUGACAAAGUUCACAAGAAGGCGGAAAACAUCAGUGAGAGGCGAGAUGUGAACCGACAGAGAGCUUAUGAACAACUUGAUCGUCUUAAGGACCAACUGCUCUUGCAGCAAUUCUUACAGGAAUGUGAUGAGCUUCGAGACUGGCUGCAUGACAAGAUGGCAGCAGCACAGGAUGAAACUUAUCGUGAUGCUAAGAACUUGCACAGCAAGUAUCUUCGUCAUCAAGCUUUCGAGAGAGAAAUCGCUGCUAACAAGGAACGCUUGCAGCGUCUCAUGCAGUCUGGUGAAGGUUUAAUGCAAGAGAAACCAGAAUGUAGGGAACAAAUUGCACCUAUUCUUUCGAGUUUGCAAGAGCAGUGGGAUGAAUUGGAGGGAACCACCAAGGCUAAGGCCGAGCGUCUGUUUGAUGCGAACAGAGCGGUGAUCUACCAACAGAGCUGUGACGACAUCGACGGAUGGAUAGAACAGCUGGAGAGUCAGAUCAUCACAGCGGAGGAGGGAGCUAAAGAUUUAACUACCGUCAACCUCCUCAUGCAGAAACAACAUCAACUGGAAUCUCAGAUGAAGAUGAAGGAGGGACAGGUAGCAGAGCUGGAUGAACAGGCUGUCAUUCUGAAGAAGGUUGAUCCACAGCAGGAGUCCAUGCUGGAAGCAAGAAAGGCACUUGUAGCAGAGAGGUUCUCCAAGAUCCAGGAACCACUGCUUAAGAGGAGAGAACAGCUUGAGAAGGUGAAGAGAAUCCACCAGUUUGUCCGUGAUGUAGAAGAUGAGAAGUUGUGGAUCAGCGAGAAGAUGCCCCUAGCUACUUCUAAUAAUUUCGGAAAUAGUCUUCUUAGUGUUCAACUUCUAACUAAGAAGAAUCAUUCAUUACAAACAGAGAUAGAGAAUCAUGAGCCGAGGAUAUUCAAUGUAGUAGAAGUAGGACAGCAGCUUAUUGAUGAGAAGCAUCCUCAGUCUGAGGAGUUCCAGGCUCUCAUUGACGAGCUGAUGAAGAUGUGGGAUGACCUCCGGGCAGCCAUUGCCAAGCGUGAAGAAAGGCUCAAACUAUCCGACGUAGCACAACAGUAUUAUUACGAUGCCUCUGAGGCUGAGGCCUGGAUGAGUGAACAAGAGCUGUACAUGCUUGGAGAGGAGAGAGCUAAGGAUGAGAUAGGGGCUCAGAACUUCUUGAAGAAACACCAGGCUCUGGAGAAUGCCGUCAGUGAUUAUGCUGAGGUUGUGAGACAACUGGGAGAGAGGAGUAGGAAAUUAAUUGCUGAAGACCAUCCAGAGAGUGACCAGAUAGCAGUAAGGCAGUCCCAGGUAGACAAGUUGUAUGCUGGACUAAAGGAUCUGUCUAACGAGAGAAAGAGCAAGUUAGAUGAAGUGCUGAAACUGUACGUAUUGAACCGUGAGAUUGACGACAUCAUGCAAUGGAUUGCAGAGAAAGAAGUUGUGGCAGGGUCACAUGAACUUGGUGCCGACUUUGAACAUGUCUGUAUGUUGCAAGACAGGUUCAGGGAGUUUGCCAGAGAAACAGAGAGCAUAGGAACAGAGAGAGUAACUGCUGCUAAUGAGAACUGUGAUGCAUUAAUUAUGGCUGAUCAUUCCGAUUCAGCCCAGAUUGCUGAGUGGAAGGACAAUCUCAAUGAAGCAUGGAAUGAUCUGUUAGAGUUAAUGGACACCAGAACCCAAAUGCUUCAGUCUUCCUGGGAAUUACACAAAUUCUACCAUGAUUGCAAAGACAUUCUGGAGAGAAUACUGGAGAAGCAGAAUUAUAUUCCAGAUGAUCUUGGCAGAGAUGCACAGAGUGUUGCAGCUCUCCAAAGAAAACAUAGCAACUUUGAAAAUGACCUUGUCACACUUGGAGUACAAGUACAGGCCAUACAGGAAGAAUCCAACAGACUCCAGACAGGCUACGCUGGUGACAGGAAGGCUGAGAUCCAGGACAGGGAGGAUGAAGUGGUCAACGCCUGGAAGAACCUGAACCUGAUGGUCAACUCCAGGCGGGUCAAACUGGCCGAUGCCCACGACCUCUUCAAAUUCUUCAGCAUGGUCCGAGAUCUCAUUCUCUGGAUGGAUGACAUCAUUAGACAGAUGAAAACACAAGAGAAACCCAGAGAUGUCUCUGGUGUUGAUUUGCUCAUCAACAACCAUCAAAGUCUAAAAGCUGAAAUUGAUGCUAGAGAAGAAAACUUUGCCAUAUGUAUCAAUUUAGGCAAAAACUUGCUGGAAAGGAACCAUUUCAGAUCUGAUGAAGUUAGAGAAAAACUUAUACAGCUGACCACAGAAAGACAAGAUAUGAAUGAUCAAUGGGCAGACAGAUGGGAACAUCUACAGCUAAUAUUGGAAAUUUACCAGUUUGCCCGGGAUGCGGCUGUAGCAGAAGCCUGGCUGAUGGCACAGGAACCAUAUUUACAGAAUCAAGAUUACGGAGAUACCCUUGAUGCUGUAGAAAACCUAAUUAAAAAACAUGAAUCUUUCGAAAAGUCAGCCGCCACGCAAGAGGAAAGAUUUGCAGCAUUAGAAAAAUUAACCACAUUUGAAAUAAAAGAACAAAAGAAACGCACAGAAGAACAAGAAGAUAUAGCAAAAUUAAGAGAAGAAAAACGAAAGAAGUUAAUAGCAGAAUUUUUACCACCUGAAAAACCACCUACCCCAGAACCCGAGGUUGUAGAAUCCAUUCAAGUACCGGUCCAGGAGUCGGCACCGGAGGUGGAGGAGGUACAGGGGGCCUCAGCAGAGGCUGCAGAGGAACCAUCAGGAAAAUCCGAUGAUGGAUCACACACACUGCCCAAACCUAAACGCAGAGAUGAAUCCUCCUUAGAUGAUUCGGCCUUGAGCACCGAGUCUAGUGACCAGGUCUCUGAGAGUGCAGGUGCACCAGAGUCCCAGGCUGACCGGCCUAAACCGAGGCCACGACCUAGAAAGGAGGCUUCCUCACCUCCCUUGUCACGUUCUGAAGUGCCUGAGAGUAAGCCCACUGACUCACCUCGGGGUAAAAAACCAGUCCGAAAGGAACGCGAAAUAACCAGGGAGCCCCUACAAGAGGCUGAAUCAGCUCGCCUCAGUCCAUAUGACUUACCCAUGUCUAAAUUACCAUCGACUAGUGCUGAGUCUAUCCACCAUGAAGGUACUCUGACAAGAAAACAUGACUGGGAGCACGAGAACAAGAAAGCCCACAACAGAUCAUGGGACAAGGUGUAUGUAGUUCUCAAUGGAAAUGUGUUGUCAUGUUACAAAGACAAGAAGAUAGCCAAACAGGAUCCUGGCAGUUUGAUCCACCAUGAACAACCAAUCAACUUAUCAGGUGCCCAGUGUAGCAGAGCCACAGAUUACACCAAACGGCCCCAUGUGUUCCGACUCAAGCUCACCAAUGGAGGAGAGUACCUGUUCCAUGCUAAAGAUGAUGGAGAAAUGGACUUGUGGAUUCAGAAAGUCAAUUCAGUGACAGGAGCAGAGGGCACAAGUGUUCCCUCCAAAUCUAUGACUCUUCCAGCUCGCAUGGAGGGCGAGAAGGAGGGCAAGAAAAAGAAAUCAGGCUUCCUUACUUUGAAGAAGAAAUAGACAACCACACAAUGCUAGGACUUUAUUCUAUUGAAUCUCGGAGAGAGACUGUUUUAGAAAUGGAGAUUUGGAUUCAUAUUUAAACUUUUAAAAAGUGUUGAAAGGGAUGUAGUAUUAAAAUGGAUUUUUUUUAACUUAUUUAUAUUUAAAAUUUUUUGUACACUUUAAAUCCUUUAAACAGAUUACAUAAAAUUCAAAUAAUUGUGUUAAAGAUUUCAUGAAAGGAUAUAUGUUUACAGUGUGUAGUCCAUUUUAAUGUAUCGUCAAGGUUGCCUCUUCAUUUUGUCACUUUGCUCCUUAUUGGGGUUUUCCUCUUGGCAUUUGGACCAAUUAAAUAUAUAGGUCUGAAUAUGAGUGAUUGAUUGCAUUAAAAAGGGCAUUUUAGA